CUUUCAUUACAUCACAACAUGACCGGCAAGCAUAUAGAGGUAUGCUCACUUCAAGAUACCUUCUCCCACACCCGCUACUUCCUCAAUCUGAGGACAAAGUCCACGCCGGCCACCUACCGUCGGCUACUCCUCUUCCGUAUCAACAAGCCGUCGGCAGCACCAGUCACCAACAGUCCAAGCCAGCAUGACCAAGCCGAGUCGUCAAACAGUCCCAGCCCCGUCAGCGACUCUGCCCUGACAGAGUUUUAUUGCAUGGAGGAGACUUGCCCCCACCUCGGUGCUCCUUUGAGCCAUGCGGAGCUGGAGAUUGACGAUAUCGAGAACACGCGUACCAUCGCGACCGGUUUGAGCACUUGCACAUAUAAUGUCAAAGUUGAGGGGACGGGUAGCGACGCGACUGUAUGGGUCGAGAGUCCGCCAAACGAGGGCGACCAUGCCUGGGAGGUUGUCGAAUUCAGAGGAGUCAGUGAAGAGUUUGCAGACCCGCCACCACUCUCGCUCCAAUCUCUCGAGCUCCACGACCACGAGACCACGCACGCGCCAUCACAAAAGCACGCCGAGCUGCCGGAGGAACUGCCGAAGACGCUCCUCGAGUUCGCCCACCUUAUUCUCGCAACAUCAGAUCCCGUUGUCAAAUGCUCACUGACACGAGAGGCGGUCGUCCGUAUGCGCGCCGGCAAGUUGCGGUCCAUCCGUCCCAGUUUGGCGGAGGUGAAGCGAGUCCGUGCGGAUGUGGGACUCCUCGACGAACCUCCGCGAGAACAGGUCGCCGUUCCGCCAGGGCGUACGGGUAAGCGGUGAGUGUCAUCCGUGACGUGGGAGGUGUGAGAAAAUAAUAUUCGGCUGGGGGAGCUCAUGGGGAGGAGGACGAGACAGGGGUGUCGAGCGCGAGCGCGAGAGGGCAUCACGGGCCAGCUCCUUGCCCACUUUCACCUGGACACGGUGCGGAGACGCACAUGGGCUCACCGUGAUUUUUGUCAAGCCCAGGAGUGAAGCUUGGGCAGAGGCACGCUGGGCUCUCCGUUACUCGAGGCAGCCGUGAAAGUCGUCUCCGCACCACUUUGUGGACUCAAAGCGGCCCGCUAGCUUGGAGUCGCCAAGUCUGCUCGGAUAAUCACGACGGCGUCCAUCUCACCUAAAAGUCGCUGUGGUUGCCGCUUGGUCCUGCCGCAGACGAGGUGGAUUACACGAAGCCUGCUGUGGCCUGGAUCCCUGUUUACCGCGGUUAUCAGCUAGAGGCUAUUGGUGUGGGCAGGAGAUUUCUCUGAUGCAGUCGUACUGCUAGCGUGUGUCCGUGACCAUGCAGCGAACUACUGCUCGGGGUGAUGUUCGGCUGGCAGCGAGCUGAUGUCGAUCACAGCGGCAAGGGAGGCUCAGAGAAAUCAAGGAUUUUGAUGCUCCACGCGCUUGCCAACAUUGAGCAAUAUGCCAUCGACCUCGCAUGGGACAUUAUUGCCAGGUUCGCGGAAUUCGAGGUGGACGGUGAACGGCUCCCAGUCGACUUCUUCCUCGACUGGGCGAAGGUCGCCGAAGAUGAGGCGAAACACUACUCACUGCUGAGUAAAAGGCUCGUCGAAAUGGGCUCCUAUUUUGGUGCUCACACAGUGCAUGCUGGAUUGUGGGAGUCUGCCAGCGACACUGCAGAGUCUCUACUGUCUCGAAUCGCCAUCAUCCACCUAGUGGCGGAAGCUCGGGGGGUGGAUAUGAACCCACUCACGAUGGCCAAGUUGCGUGCUGCAGAGGAUGCCGAAUCGACCCGCAUCUUGGAGAUUAUCCAUGCUGACGAAAUUACGCGUGAGUAACUUGGCCCAUGUGACUUGUUCGGAAGCCAGUGUUCAAACACCGCCGAACAAAAGGCGACUGGCCAAAGUGGCGGUGGUAUGUUGGCGUGCAACGACGCACUCUGGGUGGUUGGCGGUGGGAUUGAAGCGGAUCUUGGCGUCGACAUGCGCAGCCAACGAGGAACGGGGUGCUGACUGCACCUAGAUGUGACGACUGGGCACCGCUGGUUUUCUUGGAUUUGCCAUAAGCGAGGCUUGGAUCCAGUGCAGCAGUUUCGUCUGGAAGUGUCCAACAACUUCCACGGGGAUCUCAAGGGCCCCUUCAAUGUGGAAGACAGAGCAAAGGCGGGCCUGACGCCCGACUUUUAUACCGACCUGCGUGGGCACCACCAGCGACGAGAGGACAGGCAAGCCGCUUAUGCGCACGGAGGAGGAAAGAGCGGGGGUGACGAGCACUUGCACCCCCGACUCACAUGAGAGGGAGG